AUGUCCACCGCGAACCUCCCGGCGCUAUACACUUACCUUCAGGAGGAGAAGACCAGGGCUUACGUCGCCGACCAGAUCGAAGAGUCCCAGCUCAUGGUGCCGCCCUUUGAGAAGAUGGAGAACCUUACCAACACGUCCUAUGCCCAAGCUCACUUCCAGUUCCAACAAGAUGGCAACGUCAACAUCCUGGUCAACCGGGAUGGCGAGGUCAUGGAGUCUGUCUUCAGCAUGACGGGCGUCCUCACCGGCAAGUCUACGAUGCCCUAUCUCACGAACAGAGAGCUGACACAGAUCCCGGCUUAUGGGCGCUUCGGUCACCAAUAUAUUGCUCUCACCGCACCUGGACUGUCCACAAUCGCGACUAUCAAACACGCCAUCAGCGUCGUUCACGUCAUGGCCAGCUUGAUAUGCCCGGAAGGUUCGCUCAGGCCACUCACCGACCUCUUCCUCGACGGAGAGGACGCGGUCCUCGCCAGCGCUCCGCUCGGUACUCCGGCGCAUCACGCCCAUCCCGACGAUACGCCUCUGGUGCUUACGCAGCAGCAGGACCCGAACGGCCAUGUCCAGCAGUACUGCCAGCAGCGCGGUCUACUGGUGCUGCAGGACAAUCAGGUCGACGUGUUCCCUGGCUUCGCACAGGGGAAUGUCAGUCAUUUACGUUCCAGGUUCGUUCGAAUGGCAGCUUACUUGUCAACUAGUGCCGGCAUGUACGAUUUGCACGGCGGCACGAGCGGCGCUCUGCUUCGCGCCGGCCAGAUCGUUCGUGUUGAGGUCGGAUUUCGUAUCGUGCCAGUGGGUCAGGGCAAGUUUGCCUUGCGCAUGGACCUAAAGAGUGCCGCUAUCAUGAACGACGAUGUUGUUGCGGCGAUGGCAUUCGCGGAAGCUGCAACGCGCAUCAACUCGGCGAGGCGCACUAUCAGUGUUGCUGGCCCUGGUCCAUCCACGAUACUUGCUCGAGUCAAGCGCGCCAAACGCAACCAGGCUGCCACCGAGAAGGAUGUCGCGGACAUGGAUACUCUCGGCGACUUGCCUUUCCCUCCUGCUUCUACGUAG